AUGUUUGUUAACAACGUGUUUGAAUUUGUGCCUUCCACGUCCAUGUGGAAGACCCCAUUAACCUUGUUGCUGUUUCACGUAUGCUGGUGCGUACUCACAGGUCGCGUUGUUUCAAACGAACCAACGGCAGCAACAACAGACCAACUGAUUUUCUCGUCACCGUCAGCAUCAGCACUCAAUCACCAAUUAUCUACAGUAACAGACAGCGUCGCAUUGUCUUCAUCAAUCGCGACAGUACAACGGGACUUUCCGGUUAGUGCGACGAUCAUGUUGACAGCAAUUACGACGACUGUUGAACAAACAACUCAGUCGGACUUUCAAUUCAAUCCUACGUCAUCGGAAGUAACAGUCCAAUCAACACAUGACGCAAUUCGUACAACGACUGGAAACGGUAGGACGGAUACAACUGCUAUUACAGAAGCGUCGACAGCGGAAGCUCAUCCAUGGGACGGAUAUCCUUUACCGGAUUUCACCAAUAUUAAAAUUGUCGUCGGGCUUGCUAUUGGAGGAACGCCGUGCGUGACAUUGCUUGUGUUCGCCAUUCUUCGCUGUCGAGCUGUGUAUAUUUCAAAACACAAAUACAACAGCAUAAAUAAAGGAAACUUGGGUUUGUCAACUGUCUCUCUUGCUGCAUCCGCCUCUUCUUAUGAAACACGUGGUAAUGUGAAUCCUGCUAUGUCCAGUAACACACUCUCACUUCCAUCGUCAACGUCACAUCCCUCUUCGUCUAUGAGCGACGUGAAUGCUAGUACAGAACAGCUUUCAGUAUGA